AUGCAGCAACGUCGAGAUGAAAUCCUAGCGAAGAAGGCGAAGCUCGCUGAGCUCAAGCGCCAAAGGGAGCUUCGGGCAAACGCAGCGACUGCAGGUCGUGGGAGCGUAGGAAGUUCUAGCGACUUGAUAUCGCCAACCCCUGGAAGAGCGGAUAACCGCCGCGAGAUCGAAACCCUCAUUAACAGUCUUGUUGGUGACAGCAGGCCUGGCUCAGCAGUCACAGGAGGGCCUGGCUCUCCCGCUCCUCGCGGUAGCCGUCCGAACAGUGUCCUUAGCGCUGGCGAGAUUAGCAACGAACCUUCCGAAGUUACUACGCCUAGCAACAUUCAUAUCCCCGCCCAACCGCCCCCAAGUCUCAGUACCGCUCCUCUCCUGACCGUCUUCGAAUGUCCACCAUCUCCAGUGAAGGAGGUAUUCUCGUACAGCAAAGGCGUUCAGACCACGGAGGAAUGGACAACACCUACCAGAACCAGAGCACAAUCUCUCAUCUCGGAGGCCGAAGAUGCUCCCGCCGUAACUUCAACGCCCAGCAAGAGGCUGAGCAGGAGAGAGCGGGAUCGCGAGGAAGAACUCCGACAGAAGAUCAGGGAAGAGGUUGAAGAAGAGCUACGGGCGACAAAAGAAUUUUUGAGUGACGGUGUCGUUCCUUCCGGGGCGGCUGCAAACCAAACUUCGAGGAACUGGACUGCUGAAGAGCUCGAUGCUAUUGCGCAAUCGGACGAUUUCUUCGAUUUCCUUGAGAAGUCUACAAAGGUUAUCGAGAGGGCUCUUGACCAAGAGACAUAUGACAUUCUUACAGACUACGCUCUACAAGGCCAAGACAUAGACGACGACGAUGAGGACAGUGGUAAUACGGGCGGCAAGGGACGACACAGGAUAAAAGAAGUAGCUCAGUUCUUCGAUGAGCGGUGGUCUAAGAAGCGCAUGAUCAGUGGAAUUGACUUCUCGCCCAAAUUCAACGAGCUUCUUCUCGCCUCCUACACCAAGAACCCGACAGCUCCUCACGAACCGGAUGGCUUGGUCCAGGUUUGGAAUAUGCACAUGCAAGAUCGUCCCGAAUACGUUUUUACUGCGCAGUCGGAUGUUCUCACUGCCAAGUUCUCGCCCUAUCACAGCAAUUUGAUCAUUGGUGGUUCAUACAGUGGCCAGGUCUUGCUGUGGGAUACGAGAGCCAAGGCUGCGCCGGUGCAGAAGACCCCCUUGACAGGUUACGGUCACGCUCACCCUAUUUACUCUGUUGACAUUGUCGGUACUCAAAACGCCAACAACAUCAUCUCUUGCUCUACUGAUGGUGUGGUUUGUGGUUGGACCAUGGAUGUCUUCGCUCAGCCCCAGGAACUUCUCGAAUUGAAGAACCCUAGUCAGGCCAAGGUGGCUGUCGAAGACGUGAGUCCCACGUGUCUUUCUUUCCCGGAUACAGAUCCUACCUUCUUCCUUGUGGGUAGCGAGGAGGGUACUAUCUUCCCUUGUCAUCGAUACGACCGUGCUGGUGCCAAGGCUGGCGUCGAUAAGAAGAUCAGCUACAAGGGACAUACCGCCCCCGUCAUGUCGGUGGAUUUCCAUCCUGCUAGGGGCCCCGUGGAUUUGGGUGAUCUGGUUAUAUCAUCAUCUCUGGAUUGGAGUGUCAAGCUCUGGAAGGUCCGAGCACCUGCAGCUACGUCUACGAUCGGAUCUGGCGAUGGUACUAUUUCGCCUCUGAUUGAAUUCGUCCGUGAAGAUGUUGUGUAUGACGCCAAGUGGUCGCCCGUCAAGCCCAACAUUUUCGCCUUGGUUGACGGCGCUGGUUGGUUGGAGCUUUGGGAUAUUGCAGUUGAGACCGAGGAACCUGUGUCCAAGAUCUCACCCAGCUCUCGAAAGGAUGGCAGAACCAUGCUCUCGAAGAGUCUGAACAAGGUUGCUUGGGAACCUAACGAUGGAAAGCGUCUUGCUACUGGUGGCAUUGACGGCUCAUUGACGGUAUUUGAGGUUGCCAGUGGCCUCGGUGGCAAGGAGAGCCUGAAGAACGAGGACUGGUCGAACGUGAAGAAACUUGUGAACCGAUUGGAGGCAGUCGGCUCCAAUGGUGCGUUGAUAGUUUAA